GGGGUGGCAGAAGGAAAGAGGCACCAGCUUUGCCCCUUGGCAGAGACCCCCCCCUGCCCCUAACUGCCCCACGCCUUCAAGCCAAGGAAUUGGGGUCCUCUUCGCCACAUCUGGCCAAAGUGGGGAAGGUAUAUAUAUAUAAAAAAACACCCUUUGAUUUGGGAUGCCAAGCCUCAAGUCAGCCUCCUUGCUGCUCUCCAAUCCAAGUCUCCCCAGGCAAAACUGAGGUUACUCCGCCAGCCCCCUCCCCAUUUCCUCUCCCUCCCCACCCCCAGAGGCUGGGUUAGGGAAGGAGGAGGAGGAGGAGGCAACACCCAGCAAAGAAAAGAUCGGGGCAGGAAAUCUGUGCGGGGCGAGAGAGCCCUCCAGCCAGCAUCCAGCGGAGACCUCAGCCCUCCCCUCUUUGCGCACCUCAUGUUCCGGUCUCGGAGAGCCAGCUUGGUGCAACGGCUUUGGAGAUUGCGCUGCGCGACCCCCGGCCCGGAGGACCACCACGGCGCCCUGAAACCCUUGGCCCACGCGCUCUUCAAGAAGCUGAAGGACAAGGAGCUGGAGCUGCUGCUCCAGGCGGUCGAGAGCCAGGGGGCCGGAGAAUCGGGCUGCGUUUGGGUCGAACCCCGCGGGGUGAAGCCCGGCCCGUCGGCUUCGCUGCUGCUGUGCCGUCUGUACCGCUGGCCGGAUCUCCGCCAGGCGCAUGAGCUCAAGCGGCUGUGUUUCUGCGCGAGCGCCGGGGGCGAGGGGGCCGCCCACUGCUGCAACCCGCACCACCUCAGCCGCCUCGCUCUCCCCGAUACCCCCCCUCCGCCGUAUUGCAAAAUCUCACCUUUCUCCGCAACCCUCAAGGGCACCAACAUUUUGGAAAACAACUGCAAAGGAUGGCAAGACACGACCCUCUCCCGCUGUUCCCUGAAGGACGGCUACUGGUGCAAACUGGCUUACUGGGAGUAUCGCCUCCGGGUAGGGAGGCUCUACCCGGUCCACGGAGAUUACGUCUGCGUUUUCUCCAACCUGCCCGACGGCAACGGGCUGUGCCUGGGCCAGCUGGCCUCCCGAAACCGCAGCCAAGCUGUCCGGAGGACCCAGGCUAAAAUCGGACGCGGAUUGUUGCUCAGCCAGGAAGCCAGCGGGGUCUGGGCGUACAACCGAAGCGAGCACCCGCUCUUCGUCUGUUCCCCCACGCUGGGGUCCGCGGGGAGCUUCGCCCCUCCGGUUCACAAAAUCCUGCCCGGUUACUCCGUCAGGGUCUUCGAUUACGAGCGAGCAGCGCAUCUGGCGAGCAGGCGGACGGGGGCCGGCGAAGGCCCUCACGAUGGGCACACCAUCCGGAUCAGCUUCGGUAAAGGAUGGGGUACUUCAUACACCCGCCGUUUCGUUACCUCUUGCCCGUGUUGGCUGGAAGUGCUGCUGAACGCCCCGAAAUGAAGCCGUUGUUGGGAAGGGGGGGGGAACGACAACAAAUUCAAUGCAAGGAGUUGCGGGAAUAUAUUGCGCGCCCCCCCCCCCAACGUCGGUCAUUCGGAGCGGCAAGAAACUCAACUUCCUUUGCCGGAGGGGUCUUAAAGCUUUCACGGGGUCCCUGCUCACCCUCCCCUCUUUUCUACCUAUUGCUUUUGCGGCCAAAAAUGCAGGCAGUCCUCAACGUACGACCGGGCGCUCUGUCGUUAAGCGAGGCAGUUUCCCCGUGUGACGCACACCCAAUUAGCUAAAUCACUGCCAUCGUUAAGGGAGUCACGCCGUUGUUAAGCGAAUCUGGCUUCCCCCAUUGUCUUCGUUUGGGGGGACGGGGAUUAAAGAAAUCGCUGCUGUUAUUAAGUGGAUCACAGGGUCGUUAAGCGAACCUGCCCCCCCCCCAGUUGGCCUUGCUUGUCGGAAGCCAGCUGGGGAAGUCACAAAUAUUGAACCUUGGAUUCUGAGAUGCCACGACCGUCGUAAAUACAAGGCGGUUGGCAAGCACCCCAAUUUUGACCCCGGGGAGGGAAGGAUGCUGAGUUGGUCGUAAGUGCAAGGACAUUAAGUGCCUUUUUAAAGGUCCAUUGUAACUUCGAACGGUCGCUAAAUUAAGCGUCGUAAGUCGAGGACUGCCUGUACCCAGUUGCCAAGUCAGUCUGAAUUGUGAUCACGUGGGAUCCCGCAACUCCACACCCCCGUCUGUGGGCGACCGAAACCCCCUUUUUCAGCCGUUGUGACUGGAAACGGUCA